CACUGAGAGUGCAGCACACACUGGAAUGGAGGGUCAGUCAAGGUCCUCUAAUAAGUACCUGCUGCUGCAGGUGUGGUGUGGCAUCCUCACUGGGGCCAUGGUGGUUAUGGCUGCACUUGUCAUUUCAAUCAAACCAAACUCAACUGAGGUCAGUACAUCUGUCACAGGAGAAAAGAUACAGUCGGAACAGUUUUGGACUACUAUGUUACGCUGCACAUUUUUUUUCUCAUGGAACUGUGACACGAAUGGACGUGGAAUUGAAGAAGUCUCUACACUGAAGCCAGAAACUGUCAGUCCAACAGGUCUAACAGUCAACACUAUUGCAGCUCCCUUAAAGGGAAAAGGAUGCUUUUCCUCAUACAUUGAGCUAAAAAAGUCUUUUGGCAGUCACUAUUGGCAAGAGUCAACCCCGAAAUGUCACUCUCCCUGCUCCCUCGUCCUGCUUAACAACACCAUCCACUGCAAUGACAACGGCAUCUACUUCAUCUACGCCCAGGUCACCUUCAACAAGCCUAAGAAAAGUCAAACCAAAUCUGUGAUUUUGAAAAGAAAUGCCUCCCCUGGCAAACAAGAGAAGACACUGGUUGAGGGGACCUUCCCAAACACAACAGUGGGCACCGUGUGGGUGGCCAAGACUGUCAGGCUUACAGAGGGAGACAGUGUCAGCUUAAAUAUCACAGAUGAUUUUCAAGCAGACGGCGCGUCGACAUUCUGGGGUGCCAAUCGGCUUCAUUAGACACUGCAGGUCUCCAGGAAUUUGUUACCAUAAAAGAGAGAACAAUUUUGGGUUGGACUGCUAUGAUAUUAGUAGGCCUAUACUAAUAUGUUCAAACAAGUGCGGUUCAUCACCUGUAAUUACUUCCAAUACUUUGUGCCUGAUAUUUAACUCAUCAAAUUUAAUGCCAAACAAUACUCAAAAUCACAGGGAUUCAGUGACAUUUAACAAUUACUGAAUCUUAUUUUUUUGGGGAUAGUAAAUCAUGGAACACUAAACUGCUGAAAGCUCCAUCUGACCAAAACCUUUUAAUAAAAGAUCACAUCUUCACAUCCUAUUGACCGUUGGACAAACAUAACUUUGCAAAACAACAUACUGCAUCAGUCCAACCUUAGAAAAGUCUCUACAUUUAAGUACGCCAGCUGGUUCUGACUCUUGAAAUUGUGUGGCGUUUGGUGGUCUUGUAAAAUUUUAAAUGAACUGCAUUUUAAAUUGAAUGUACUGUUGAACUGUAACUGUCUGGGGCAUGAAUGUGUUUGUUUUCACUGCUAUGUUCUUGUGUAAUUUAUGAUAUUGAAUAUUAUAUCGCUGUGGUUUGAU